AUUUUGUUCAGGCAAAAGUUCAAACGUUGUUGAGUGUAUCUUCUCCCUUCUGUUUUGUGUUUUGUUUAUUUUAUAAGUUUUGUUUAUAAUUAGUUUUCAGUGCAUAAAUAAAUUGCGUUUACGGUUAGCUAACUACCUACUUUACGCCAAAAGGAUGGAGACCGAGUUGUACGACACGUACAGCGGCUGUGAGGAGGAGGAGGAAGACUUCUACGGCUCCCCGACGAAGAGAUUCAAGAAAUUCUAUGUGGAAGAUGAGAUGCCAUGUAUCAAGCAAGAGAGGCUGGACGACACGGAGUGUUGUGGCGGCUCUAUGCAAAAAGUGCCUUCUCUGUCAGACCUCUCGGACCCGGAGAGUUCUCUUGAUAUCCCGACCCAGGUGCCGCCACUCACCCCCGGCACCAACAAGAAGAUGACCGAGGCCCUGAAGGCCUCCUUCGCCUCUUGGGAGAAAGAACAGAUCAAACUCAACAUCGUCAAAGAUCCUAGACAGUGGACGGAGAACCACGUGGCCCAUUGGCUCAGCUGGGCCAUUAGAGAGUUCUCUCUGGAAGGAGUCCAACUGCACCAGUUUUUCAUGCGGGGGAAGGACAUCUUGGCAAUGGGCAAAGACGUGUUUCUUGCUAAAGCACCCGCCUUCACCGGAGACAUUCUGUGGGAACACUUGGAGAUGCUGCAAAAAGAGGUGGAGAAGGAGAGGUCGAUGUCGCUGGAGAACACCCCGUCCACUCUGUACGACUCCGUGUGUGUGCCGGACCUCAGCGACUUCCUGGGGAACUACAACAGCCAGAACGCCGCCUCCCAGGACCUGAAGCCCUCGCCCGCCCCCGGCACCCCCGCCCCCGCCGCUACCUACUUACACGAGGAUGACCCGUUAGCGUGCAGCAACGAUGAAAAAAAUAGAAUCAGCAUCAGAAACUACAACCAGUUGCGGAGUCCGACGUGUGACGACAGAGAUGACGGCUCGCCACCCCCCCACAGUACGCACACUGUCCCACCUCCUCUCUACCUGCGCAACCCCUACCAACACAAAGAGAGUGGCUACUCACAGCCGUUCCUGGCACGAGACGGGAACGAUGGCGGUCCAAGCGAUGAGGCCCCGCCCUACAGUGUCGCCCCGCCACAGUAUGAGGCCGACAGUUCCGAAUACCACACGUUAGACCACCAGAGUCCCUACAUGGACAACAGCCCCGAGCUGUACAGUGGACACCCCCCGCCACCCCCGCUGUUCGAACACAAGUACCACCUGGGCCAGUACGCCAAGACCUAUCCUCACCCGCACGCUCACGCCCGCCCAGGUAACACAAGGAGGUACCCUCCGUUCGACAGCUAUGGGGACAACUACACGCCAUACGACGGCUCACCGUUUCAGACCGUGCCUGGCAGCAUGGGAGAAGGAGCGUGGGGCGAGAUGGGUGGCGGUGGCUCUCUGCAUCAUCCCUUCCUGCAUCCCCACUCGCGCGAGCCACUGCCCCCACCAUCGUCUGACAGCAAGGCUCUCCUGCAGGCUGCGGGCUACUCGGGGCAGGACCCACUAGGUGGAGGACCCUGCUUCACGGGCUCGGGACCGAUACAGUUGUGGCAGUUCCUCCUGGAGCUGCUCACGGACAAGACUUGUCAGGCUUUCAUCUCGUGGACAGGAGACGGAUGGGAGUUCAAGCUGACCGACCCGGACGAAGUGGCGCGGCGCUGGGGCGUGCGCAAGAACAAGCCCAAGAUGAACUACGAGAAACUGAGCCGUGGUCUGCGCUACUACUACGACAAGAAUAUUAUCCACAAGACGGCCGGCAAGCGGUACGUCUACCGUUUCGUCUGCGACCUGCAAGGCAUGCUGGGGUGCAGCCCGGAGCAACUUCACGACAUCGUGGAACUGAAGCCCGAGAAGAAGGAUGACGACUGAGCAAAUCAAAACACGCCGCGCACCGCGCCGCCCUGUGCACGCCUUGUUACGAUCUCUGUACAUAUUGUUGCCGCUCUCUUGUGUAUAAAACUGCUCCGCCGUGGGUCCGGACAGCCUAACCGCCGAUGAGAUGCAUUUGUGUUUGUGUUAGCGUCACUCUACUACCAAAUAGUGUACAUUGACUCCUCCAGUGCCUUGUAAAUACAAUAUAGAGACUUGUAACUUAAAAAAGCGAAACGACAGAUAUUUUGUGAUUUUAUAUUGCUAUAUUAUGUAAUUUACAUAGUUAUCAGUGAUUAAGUUUUAUCGUUAGGACUCGUUAAUUGUUCAACAAUCCUGUAAAUUAUUUCAGAAGGAAUGGCGUAUACAUAAUAGAUAAUUAUUUUUAGCCUCUCCAUCAGUUAGUCUUGUACUGUUUGACCAGGUUUUGUCACAGUCGCUGCAUCGAUGCAGUUAUGGAAUUUUAUAUCAUAGCUCAUUAUCAUUUUCCCUGUUUCUCUAUCUAAAGAGCUUAAAUAUAUCUGUGAUAAUAUUCCAGAACUGGAUCCACGUUCUCACGUUGGCUAUAACUUCGUGUUGAUGAUAUUUUCAAACUUUUUAAGAAAAUAUUUACGAUACAGGGUCCUCCAUCGGAAAAAUAUAUUGUAGUCCACUAAGCCUUAUAUAACAAAGAUUUUUGCUUCGUUUAAACUAGUUUUGGUGCAGUUGUCUAGUAUUUUAAGACUGUGGAAGUGUUGAUUUUCACACUCUCCGUUCGUGAUGAGUGAGAGACGAAACAUUUUACUCAUUUUUUACGUAUUUUUCAGUCAAUUACGAUGAAGCAAUUGUAUUAAUUAUACAAUAAGUCAUGCAAUAUCGUGAAUCAUUACUGUAGAGCUUUAUUUUAAAAUCCUUAUUCGUUUGAAUUUUAAGAUGUUCCUUAAGUCUAUAUAGUAAAAGUGCUUGUGGUAACUUACCCCUAACAUUACGAUUAGAGACCGAAAUGUGAAGUUAAACCGACAAUAUUUCUUAGACUAUAUGAGGAAUCCACUUGUUGUAUUUUAUACAUGAAUUUUUUUAUUAAUGUCCGUUGAAUUUUAUGUAAAACAUAAUUAUUUGAAUGGUUAUGUGAAAUCAGUCCUCCAAGUUUACAGUAUAAAUAACUUACUUUGAUUUUACUUUUAACUUGCUCUAGAAAUGUAGUGACCACAACGGUCUCCAGGCCAAAGCAUGAAAGAUAAAAAAAAGUAAUGGAGAACUCCCAGCAACAAUAAUUAGUAAAUUAAACAAAUUACAUUUCUUUCCUUUACUAAAUAUCUCACCCAUGAUUUCAAAGACGAUGUGAAAAUAUAUGACUAAAAUCAAAUAUUUAUACUUUUUUAAAUAUAAUUUUAAUCCUGAUAAGCCCCAGGUAUCCUUCAUUAUAGUAUCCUACAGUUAGUAAGUCAAAUAGUUUACAUUACAUGUCUCAACAAUUGAUUACUUUGCGUUUUAGAUUGUUUUCUUAAAUGAAUACAAACUACUCAUAAAUUAACCCUUUGAGUGCUGCAGAAUUUUCUAUGCUGUUUUUUAGUUUAUGGAUAAAGCUUUUGUACAAUUACUAUCAAUAAGAUUUUCAAAAUUCUUUUUCUGCAAUAAAGGGACAAGAAUAUGAUAUAUGUUAAAUAAAAAAAAAAUGAGGAAUAUAAUAAAUUUUAGUCUUUUUGUUAAUUUAAUCAAGUUUAUAUUUAACAUAUUUUAAAUUCUUAGAUUAACCCCAACCGUUUUUAUUUUUGUCGCUUACAAUUAUGUUGUUUUUAAUGUCUUUUUUCAAAUUUUUGUAUUUUUAUAUUAUAUUGUCCAUUGUCGUUUUGGCUUUUUGUGCAUCGGAUGGUUCCACGGUAUUUCCAACAUUACAAAUAAAGCCAUAAAAUACUCAAGGACGUGCGACAUACAACAAUAACACAGGGUAGCUGCAAUGUGCGACUCACUAAGGCGUAAAUACUCACGAUACAUGAUCAAGGAAGUGCUGACAUCUAGUAGAAAACGCCAGAACUACUGCGCGGUGUGCAGUUGUCAUAGGAAUAUCUUUUGCACAAUAUUACAACAGAGUAAAACAGGAAAUAUAUUACAGUGUAUUAUUACAUCAGUAGGACACUUUUACGCAAUCGCUAUGAACGUAAUAUUACAUCAAAAACUGUAAAGGGGUUAAACCAUUCGGAAAACUGUAAAAUUAACCAUUUUAAAAGUUCUUUUACUUGUUUUCUCUCAAGUACACAACUAUUUAUGCAACUGUAAAACCUACUUUAGGUGUCGGAAAAAAGGUGAUUCACUGACCAAAGAGGUAGAAAAUACAAAAAAACCUUGUAUAUAUCGAUAGUUAUAACUAAAAAAUCAAAUUUUGUUCCCAUAAAAAAUAGCAAUGCGCAGCAUUCAAAGGGUUAAAUACACCAAUCUAUGAAACAGAUUAAUUAAUUGUUCAGCCCACGUGUGUAUAAAACGUACGCGUACAUAUAAAUUUCUUUUUGUUAAGAAUUAUUUUUAAAUGGUUGUGAUAAUAUUCACAAGUUAAUCUGAAACUGGGUGCAAAUUACAAAGUGUGAUAUAUUAUUAUAAUAAUAAGACAAACAUAUGUUAUUUCCACUGUAUAUUUGGAGGGAGUUACAAAAAACGCACAUUGUUAAGACUAAAUGUGUGUUGUGAUGGAGAUGUUUUGCAUUUAUGUCAAAGUUUUAAUAUUUAGAAGUUUUUACGUUAAAGUAUGACAAGGACUUAAAUCCCAAAGGAUUUUCUACAAAUUGUUAUGUGUAACGAAGAUUUCAUUGUUAAAUUCUAUAUUUCUGCAACAACUUUAUUUAUUAUAUUUUGCUGGUUCAACAUUUCAAGCAUUUGUUUCUAUUAUGAAGUUUGGGUCAUAUGAAAGUGUCUUUCUGCAAUCUGUUACAAUUUUUAUUUGCAUUUUUUUUUAUUAUUAGAACUUGCUGUUUGUGGUUUUUUUCUGUAUGGUAGAAUAUUUUAUCUUGAAUUUGUCUCUAAAACUAUUUAGCCAAGACGUAAAAAAAGUACAUUUUCAAAAUUGUCUUAAGACUCCUUGUAUGACUCUUACUUUUACAAAAUGUUAGCAUAUUUUAUUGUAUUUUACAUCGUUUCAACACAAUUUGUACAACUUCUAUUGUGUUUCAAUUUUACCUGUGACUAUUAUUUAUUUGUUUAAGUUUAUAAAAACUUAGUUUAUGUGUUAAAAAUAAAGCUUUAUCCAGCAUAAUAUACAGUUGAUUAGUUGGAUAUUUUGUUUCUGUACAGAUUUUGAGUUUUAAAGUUUAAGUAGCCUAUGACCGAUGUCUUCCUAUAAAAUCAUAAUCAUACAACUUUAUUUCCAUUUUAAUGGACAGAUAAAAAUGUGUUUUAUAAUGCUUUCCUCGGCACAAGUUUGCCUUUUUUUUUUGUAGAUUUUUUAAAUUCUUUUCAGUCUUUUACCUUUUGAUCCAUGUAUAUUUAUUUGUGAAGGCUGAUUGCCGAGUUAAUUGUGACUAUUUAGACCAAAGUAUAAAAUUGUUGGAGUAAUUUUAAUUAAUAUAAUGAUUGAUGGUUGCGACGAGACGUCGCCCAUCAAGUGAUAUUUGUAUAGUGAAUAGCAAUCAGUUCUUUGUACAACAAUUUUCUUAUAACUUACAACUGUGUCAAUAAAAUAUUAAUUUUUAAAAA